CAUUUGUUUACAACCCAUCAUCAGUCGGUGGUAAUCGCACGUGCUUUGUGGAAUUUUGCCAAAUUUGUUGGAAUUUUCGCGAUUGCGAAAGUAUUUUUGAGAGUAAAGUGUUUAGUUCGAGAAAUGGAAGGUGUUUCGAAAAUAUUGGGCGGUGUGCUGGAUGCCAAGGAAGGGAACGUGAGAAGGUUGCUUUCGGCGUUGGACGAACAUCAAACGCUGUGGGCGGAGCCACAACAUGAGAUCGAAUUCUACUUCUCGAAAAUCGUUGCCCUGCUGGGCAGUGCCCUCACCCGGGACCGUGGUCUCAUUGCGUUGAGCCACUUCCUUCCGCAGUGCCCGUUGGACGCCCUGGAGGAGAAGCUGCAGUACUACGUCAACGUGUGCUCGAAGAUCUGCAACCAGAAGGGUCACGUUGCCAGCAUUCCGCUGGCCUACGAUGUGCUGAAACAAAUUCUGAUCAAAUCGUUGGAAUCGUCCGAUCUCAACAAACUGGCUAUCAGCAACAUUCCGAAACUGAUGGACAACAUCACGAGGUCCAUUGAUCCUUCCACGCAUGUUGCGGCGCUAGAUUUCCUGGAAACAGUCAUGCGCCACUAUCCGGGUGUUUCCGGUCCGGCCAAAAACCGUAUCGAAGACUAUCUGUACUCUUUGGUGGACUCGGAAGAUCCGCAGGUCGUAGAACGCACCGGGCGUUGCCUACUGCUCUUACAGCAAAUCCGAGGCGGUGGCCAGCAUGGUACUCUGCACAAGAAAACCUGGGAUGAGUACCAGUGCAAACUGGUCGACACGAUACACGAUUUGCUGGGAAAAGUCUUCGCUCAUACACCGGAAACAUUUGACGUUGAAGAAAACCUUGAAUGUCUCAAACUGCCCAAGCUAGCGACCGACGACGAACCGGUCAUUUCAGCUCGAAGGAUCGUCAACCGUUUACUGAAUUUGAUCAGCUAUCUAGAAGAAGCGAUCGUACUACCAUAUCCAGUACCAAAGCCGUUCCGGCCGAUGAAACUCUUGAAUGUGGUUCUUCGUGGUCAUUCGGUAAGCUGUCAGACCAUGGCAAAAACUACCAUUCAAGAGAAUCUGGCACUGGGAAUGCUGUUGCCACAGGUCCAGGUACAGCUAUUGAAGGUUCUUGAUGCCUUGGUUUUGGUGCUGAAAUCGAAUAUGCUUCCGUUUGGAAAUCUGUUGACGGAUCUGUUCGAUCAGUGUCUCAAAGGGACGUUGACCACGGGUGCCAAAGGACGCAAGAAGUCCUACAUAGCGCUGCGAACGAAGGUUUACGGAAGCAUUGGCUUGUGGUGCGAAACGGUCACAUAUGCCAGUGGUAUCGAGGAGAUUACGGACGGCUUGCUGGAGCAUAUCGUGCAGGACGUGGCUCCAUUCGAAUCGGAAGUGACACUACAGGUUAAUGCCAGUCGUCAAAAAUUAUCCGCCAAGGCGAAGAAGAAGCUCCAAAAGGAGCAAAAUGCCGCUACUUCUCUAGCGAAAACUCACUCUACGGGUUCUUUCGAAAACACCAAGCAUCUCCAGUCGGACUAUGGUAACGAAGUUCUCUGCUUGGCCGCACUUCGUUGUCUCAGCCAGAUUCUUAAUGCUGCCGGUUGUUUCAUCAAGCCCAUCAUGCAGAAGCUCAUUCAAGAGAAAAUCGUUUCGCUGUGCUUUUCGGUAUUCUCCCAGCUCAAUACGGGUGUCCGUCAGAACCUCUACUUCGACCCGAACUGUCGGAAAGCCCUUCUUUCCGCACUGCACGCCUUGAUUGUCAAUCCGCAUCAUCUCUGUCCACCGCCGCUGCAGUACGGGGUAGCCUUGUUCAACGUAGCCGGAGUGCAGGAUCCUAACGGAGACGUUCGUGCUAGGGCUUCCGAGCUUAGUCGUUCGGCUGAAACGUUGGUUCACCCUCGCAAGGAAGUCUUCUAUUUCCCCGUGGAAGAGAACGCAGUGAAGGACAUGUUGGUGGCUAAGAAAAAGCACCCAUUGAAUAGCACAUUCUUCCCGGCGAAACAAUCUUAUGACGGUAACAGAACUCCGAUCAGUUUUGAAAAGGCCAAACAACAACCGGUAGUUAGAAAGGUGACGGAACAAGUGGAAGAGCCUGAGUUGAGUGACGUAGAUGAGCCGAUCGCUGUGGUUGAGGAGAUCACUAUAGAAGAAGAGAAGUCUCCUGAAGUCGUUUUUGAGCUGGAUGAUGUUGACAGUGGAGGCAAUUGCAACAACGGUGAACUGCGAAAAUCAGUUACGGAUAAGACGUUGGAGUCGGAGGCUAUCGAAAUCGAUUCCGAUGGCGAGGAGGAAGAUGAAGUGGAGGUUGUUGAGCCGGAGCAAACUCCGAAAAAAGCUAGCAAAGCCGUAAAAACUCCGAACAAGUCUACUGAGAAGCCUCCAAAGUCAGACGACGAUGUGGAAGUAGUUGAGGAACCUUUGAGCACACCGAAAAGGGCUACGACUCAGAAACGGAAGUCGGAAGCUAAGGAACAACCGGAGGAAACCGAAUCCAGUGAGAAGAAGUCGAAACCAAUCGUUGAAACGGACGAUGUUGAUGCUCGCGUAGAUGACUUGGUGGCGGAAUUCGUCGAUGAAUUGAACGAUGAUGUUUAGUAAGUAUACCAGUGAUUCUAUCACCCCUAUUCUGUAUUCCGUUCGAUACGGAAUUCCCUUUGUAUGGGAAAUCCGUGUCGAUUGGAAUAGAGAAUAGGGGCUAAUAAAAGUGUUAUAUGUAUUAUACUUUCUUAGG